CAGAGAGGCGCUGCCGGAGGCUCGAAGUGGGUGGAAAUCUUGGAGGUGCGGAUGAGGAAGGAUAGACUUCAGGGUGUCCCCUGCGAAAUGAUGUCAUCCGAUCAAUGUUUUCAGGGGGAGUGACCUACCUAUCCGACCAAUUCCCUCUGUGAAAUGAGUUCUGUAUCGGAGCUGGAUGCAGCCGAAUCGAUCGGGCUGAUAACGGAGAGCUAUAAAAGGCCGGGGGGCUGUCUUCACCUACGCUUCAUCCCCGAGGCGCAGCCAGGGCAAGGUAGCGACGCUUCCUGCCGCUCCGCUCCCUGCCGCUUCGCGCUUCUUCGCUCUCCCCGGCAGCGGCAUGGGGCCGCGCCCCGCAGCCCUGGCGCUGCUGGGUCUCGCCGCCGCCGCCGCCGCGGUGCCGCUACCGCUGCCCGACGCCGGCCCGCAUGUUAACUACGGCUGGGGGGAACCGAUCCGGCUGCGGCACCUCUACACCGCCAGCAAGCACGGGCUCUUCAGCUGCUUCCUGAGGAUCGGAGGCGACGGCCGGGUAGAUGCCGCCGGUAGCCAGAGUCCGCAGAGUCUGCUGGAGAUCCGCGCAGUGGCCGUGCGUACCGUGGCCAUCAAGGGCGUGCGAAGCUCCCGUUACCUCUGCAUGGACGAGGCGGGGCGGCUGCACGGGCAGCUCAGGUAUUCCACAGAGGAUUGUUCCUUUGAAGAGGAGAUUCGUCCAGACGGCUACAAUGUAUAUAGAUCAAAAAAAUAUGGAAUAACGGUGUCUUUGAGUAGUGCCAAGCAAAGACAGCAGUUCAAAGGGAAAGAUUUUCUUCCACUGUCUCACUUUUUACCUAUGAUCAACACUGUGCCUGUGGAAUCAACAGACUUUGGUGAAUAUGGUGAUUACAGUCAGGCCUUUGAACCAGAAGUGUAUUCUUCACCUCUGGAAACAGACAGCAUGGACCCCUUUGGUAUCACCUCCAAACUGUUACCAGUGAAGAGCCCCAGCUUUCAGAAAUGACUCUGAUCACACACACACGUGUUUUUAAAGAAAUAACACAGAAUACUGCUGGGUUUUUAGCUUUUCCUGUAGUGAUAUGUCCAACUUUUUUGUGUAUUUCAGUAUGGAGACAGCCUUUUUCUUGCAGUAUGUGGUACCUGCAAGAGAUGAGUGCCCAGAGGCUAUUCCAUAGUCUAAAGAAUUGCCUAGCCAUAGUUUCAUCUGGAAAAGAAGGAUAAAAUAAAAGCUCAGCAGCUUUGUCGAAGUCCCUCCAUUACUGGGGUGAUGACAAAAUAGCUAGAGUUUUUCUCCAUCAACUUCAUUACUACAUAUGUUCACCUGUUAUUUCUGUAGCUCAUAGGAGAAAAUCUUUUCAUCUUUGGAGGCCUUAAAGACAAACAUAUGGAACAAAACAGGAUUAAAGAAAACCUAGCAAAUGCAGUUGCCUGAACUAGACUUAAAGCUGUUUCUUGAGAAGCUGCUGACAACUUUCUAUUGAAAGCAUACCACUGAAAAAAAAAUUUUGCUUGUAUAUUGUGCUUUUUCUUCCCUUAGGAAAUAAGGGAGGAAAGGGAAAUAGAUUCUUCUUUCCCUUAUUGCUAAAGGGUAUGUUGGAAAACUGGAUCUUUGAUUUCCUUUAUAGGCUAAUUUAUGUUCAUUGUGGCAUCAGCAUCAUCCAGCAAAGAGUUCUCAUUAACAUUAGUGAGGAUUCAUUGUGUGUCUGGAAUAGUGUGCACAGAACUAGCAUUUAUGUUCAUCAGAUAGGGAAUGAGCCAUUCAAAUUAGAAUGUUUAAUUAAGGUCCUGUUGUAUAUAAGCAUGUAUGUUAUUAGCAAAUGGAGAGAAAGACUGAAAAUGGAUGAUGUAUAGGUCAAAUCAAUUGCAAAGUAGGUUUUUGUGUUUAACCUUUAUCCAUUAGUAGUUCUUUCAAGUCCCUUCCAGGCUUGAUUCUGCAUCCUUGGGAAUCAGUGGUGAGACAAGUUUAGUGACUUCAGUGCCACAGAACUGCAUCAGCCAGGCCGCUCUUCUUGUAAGAAGGAAUUAGGGGUACCUAACGUGGACUUCUAAUGUCUUCAGUUCUGUUCUUCUGUUGAAACAACUUGACAAAGGAAUAACCAAAGAAAAAAAGAAACAAAAAGCAAUGUGAAACAGGGGUUCAGGGAUUCUACUUGUUUCCAAAGGAUCAUUUAUAAUAGAGAUUUCUAUAAAAAAAAAACAACCAAGCUCGACUGGAAAUACUGGUGUUCAUCUGACCUAGCACUUCAUUGCCAAUGCAAUAUUUAUAAUUAAUUUAUUGAAUACAUACAUCUGUUUAUUUUGUUACUAUUAUUUAUGCUCAAAAUUCUAUUUAUAUACUGCUGAAGGUGGGUUUUUUAGUUGUAACAAAUUUUGUGGAGUUUUGUAAUGCAAUUUUAGCAAACAAUAGCCUUUUGAAUUUCUGUGCAUCAUCAGUAGUGUCAUGUGAACAUUUGCAAUAAAAAGAAAAUCAUCUUCAACACAGAAACCUAGCUGAGUCUCUUGUCACUCCUUUAGUCUAGAGUCUUGAAGAAGCUUUAGAAAACUGUGACAUCUGGCUCCAUUCCAUGUGGAGUCCCUGUGAAGGUGGCAUAGUUGAGCCACAACAGGCAAGAACAGGAGAGACAAAGGGGUUU